UCAGCUAUCGUAACAACAUGACCGGGCUGAAGAAAAUAAGCGUGCUGACCAUCGCGGUGGUCAUUCUGGCUUAUGUUUAUAAGACGUUCAUCCAGAAACCACUACCGCUCAAUUUUGGGGGCACAUUUCAUCCGGACUUCCAAGAAGUUGCAGAUCUUUACAAAUCCAAACUGAGAGCUGGAGUUGAACUGGGGUCGUCCUUCGCGGCUUAUUAUAAGGGGGAACCUUUAGUGGACAUUUGGGGAGGAUUCGCUGAUGUGGCCUUAAAGAGACCGUGGACAAAGGAUACAUUGUCUAUCAUCUUCUCCACGAGUAAAGGAGUCACCGCUUUGUUAGUGGCAUUGUUUGUAGACAGAGGAUGGUUGGAUUACAAUAAGCCAGUUGCCCAUUACUGGCCGGAGUUUGGACAGAAUGGAAAGGACAACAUCACAGUAGCACUGCUAAUUAGCCAUCAGGGAGGCCUCUCUGUUACCAAUGGGACAGUACCAAUGGAGUGGAUUGUUGAAAAACCGGAAAAGGUUUGGGAAUUUCUGGAAAAACAACGGCCAAUAUGGCCACCAGGCACAGGCUAUGGAUACCACGGCAUUACAUACGGGUUGUAUGUAGAUUCUCUUCUUACCAAGGCGGAUCCUAAACACAGAAGGGUGGAUAAAAUUUUUAAAGAGGAAAUAGGCGAUAAAUUUGGAAUUGAGCUGUACAAUGGUCUACCAAACCAUCUGUUUUACCGGGCAGCUAGACACGAACCUAAUCCUCUUUACGUCACUCUUUGGAAUGUUAUUACCUCUAUGGAUCCGGAGCCAUUAAGUUUAAUGAUGACCUUGGCUCUUUCAAAAAAUUCCCUUCUGACGCAAAUGUCGCAAUCAGGAACAGAUCAACUCCCAUCGGAUCUCUCCUUUAACACGCCUGAAUACAGCAGAAUUCCCCAGUCCUCGAUGAACGGGUACAGCAAUGCCAGAAACUUGGCCAAAUUGUUUGGAAUCGUCGCCAAUGGAGGGAAAACAAAGGAAGGGGUCUUACUUUCAGAAAAGGCCAUAGAAAAGCUGAAACGGCCUCUUACCAGCGGGAAAAGCAUGGACGGUGUCAUAAAUAUAGAAUUUGGUUAUGGAGUAGGGAUCGGUAGAGACGAUAAGGGGAAUGUAGUGUUUGGACAUGACGGUGCUGGAGGUCAGUCCGCCUUUGCAGACCCCGCCCAUAAGACUGGGAUGGCCUACGUCACUUCCCGACUGAAGAGUAUGACCAUAUCUGGUGACAAGGAUUUUCUGCAAUAUAAAGCUGCAUAUUAUCGCUGCCUGGAAAAGUAUCUACAAAAACACAAAACCUAGGACUGACUAAAACUUAGAAUUUCAUAUAAUUAUUUACUCCUAAUGAGGAACUUAUUGAUUACGGGUUAUAUUGAUUCCUUCUUGGAGUUUCAUCUUUACAUAUCUUUCCUCUUUUCUUUCUUUUUUUUUUUGUAAGCCAUUUUUUAUAUACAUAUAGGACUCUUUGUAUAUGGGUCAGACCCAAACUUAAGCUCUUGAUGAUCAGGUCUUGAUAAUAGAGUUUUUUCAAUCAAUGCCACCUUUAUUCUAAGACAGAAGGCGUGCACCAUUUGAGUAAAUUGUAAAU